CGAGGCGGGCUGUUUGACAGUUGGUGUGUGGAGUCAGGCUUGCCGCAACAUGGAAGCCGCGUCGAGCCGCUUCGCCGAGCGCUACAAGACGGCGGGACUCAGCGUGGAGGCGCUGCGGGUGAAGAGGGCACGGCGCCGCUCGGCUGCGCAGAAGGAGAACCGGGAACGCGCCUUCCGCAAGAGCCGGCGCUUCGAACCGCCGCUGCCGCCGCCGGCUGAGGAGGCCGAGACGCCAGCGAAACCAUGUAAGACUUCGGAGCAAAGUUCUCGCUUGGCGAUGCUGCAACGUUACAAAGAGGAAAAGUCACUCCGAAAGAUGAAAGAAGAACGCAACAACCCCAAACCUGUCUUCAAAGUUGGGAUUUACAGGCCAGAUACAAUCCCAUUUCGGGAUUUAAAUCUGCCGCCGCCACCAGCACGAGGUCAGCUACCCAAAUCCAAAGCCAAGACAGCAGUGUCGUCUUCUGAGCUGAGAGUAACUAGGUCAAUGUCUAAAAAUCAGGGAUUACAUAUGACUCAGCCAACUGGGGCACACAGAUCUACAGCUCCCAAGGGUGGCACUGUCAAAGCCAAUAUGGCAAUUAAUAAGACAAAUUGUACAAUGCCCUUGGGAUCCAGGACCCAGCAACAAAGAGUGAAUCAAAAAGCUGGGACAAAAGUACCAGCUGCAAGGGAGAAAGAAGAUGUCAAAACUGCAGCUGCUACACAAUUACAGUCGAGGAAGCGGCCGGAGCCAAAAGUUCCUGCACCUGUUCCAGCUACCAAGCCCACAAUAUCAAGCAAAACAAAAAACGCAGGCAAGUCAAGGGAAAUUUCAAGCUGCAAACCAAUUCCUCCAAAGCCAAAGUCUGACCCUUGUGUAGAACCGUGUAUGAAGGCCAUUCCUGAGGAAGAGAUUCUGUCACAGACUUCUGACAUCUUAUUGGCUCAGAAUGAAGAGGGGGACCAACAGCCACUGAGUGCACCCAUAGAUGUUGAAACUGAGGAGAAGAAAGUCUCGUUUGCCCCUGAAAACUACGUCUUUGAACCUGUGCCUGGAUUUGCCCAGUUCAAAUUUACCCCACUCAGCCCGCGAAGUGUGAAUAACUUUUUUAGCUCUCAUACCUGGAGUCCUGCCAAACACCGUUUGGAAAGUAAAACAGGCUCUUCUACAACAGCGAAUAUUGUAGCAAAAUCAACCGGAAGUGCUUGUGAAUCAGGAGUUGAGUCAUCAAGCAUGCCUGAAGCAAAAAGUGAAGAACCUGUUAGGACUGCUUUUGAAAUUCCUGAGACCAAUAAAGCACAACCUUUUGGAUACUCAUCAACUGGUGACAGUGAAUCAGUCCAUGAUGUUACCUAUUUCAGAGGAGUCAUUGCAUCAGAGACAGAGAAUUUGAGUCUGCAUUGCCAGCAGUGGAAUGAAUGGGUAAAUUCUGAGGUGGUCCCGGAUCGUGUUAAGGACCUGGUUCGUUCAUCUACGGGACAGGCACGCCUCCUCAUGGCUGAGCGAUUUAAACAGUUUAAUGGUCUUAUCGACAACUGCGAGUUCAAGACAAGUGAAAAAGAAGUCACCUGUGCAGAUCUUGAAGGGUUUUGGGAUAUGAUCUACUUUCAGGUUGAAGAUGUGAAUAAAAAAUUUGAGCAUUUGAAGAAGAUUCAAGCAAAUAACUGGGAAGAGCCAUCAUCACCCAAAAGAGUGGUCAAGAAGAAGGCUGCCAAGUCCAAACCAGGGGAAGUAAUAAAAGCCAGUCUAGCACCAAAGAGCCGUUUGGCAGCUGUAAAGGCAGCAAUGAAGGCCAGAAUGAAAGAGAGGAUGGCUGACUCCAACAGAAAAGAAACUCAAAGUGAUCUCAUUGUUUUUGAUGCAGGAUUCUUCAGAGUGGAGAGUCCUGCAAAAAUCUUUCCUGCAACUCCCAAAACUUGUACAAAUGAUGGAGCAUCAAAACAAAGAUCAAACGAGCAAUGCAGCAUCACUAGAUCGAGUUUCUGUUCUUCAGCCCUUCCUGCCUCUCCUGUGCCGUGUAUGGCAGGCAAGCAGAGCCAACAGAUUUGUGACAGCUAUAGUUCCAGGACAAGUAUGGAAUUGCUUGGAGAGAGUGUCCCGCAACAAGGUACUUGUACUGGAGAGAACAUAGAGCAGAUGGAAUUUGAAAAGUACCUCCAACCCAGUGAUAGUGUUCACAGCAUGCCAGAAACACUGCAGACCCCAUUUCAUAAUGAGAAUGCUGCCAGGUCCAGUUGCACUCAAGAAAACUCCACAAAUGACAUUGAACUGCCAGAAGAAAUGAAGCCUUCAGUGGAUCAUUGUGUGGAAAUGGAAAGUCCAGUGUGUGAGCAUCCUCCAAAUGGUGUUCAGCCAAUUUCACAGCAAGUGUUUCCAUUGACCAAUAGUUCAGGUCUGCUGACUCCCAAUUUCAUUACAACAAAAACUUCUUGUUCAAAUUAUGUGCCUGAUCUGUCGGCUGCUGGGAAUGUUGCCCAAGAAAUGGAGAAUGAAGGAACUUACUUGAGCCCUUUUGGAACUAUUAAAGAAGGCUGCCCAGUGCUUCCAUUCCAAGCAGCUCUCCAAGAUCUGAUAUCAUUCAGUCCCAGUGGAAGCUCUCAGUGAAGACUGGUGAAGCUGAGGUGUUGCUGUCAAAACUACCAGCUAUCAUCAGACUAUGAAUGUCUUGUAAUGGAUUUGAAGGAUAAAACAUUAUGGAUUCAUUCUAAAUGGAGACUGUUGCUGCCCUAGUGUUUAGUGGAGAGCACUCUGAAAACCAGAGCCUUUGAUACUUAAUGAAUAAUGCCUUUGAGUGUGAGUCUUUGAUUAUUCUAGCACUAGGCUCAAUCCAGCCUUUGCUUGCAAGUGCAUUUUCUGCCAACAGAUAAUAAGUUGCUGUAUGUAAUUCAACACUGUAUUCACUUGUUUCUGGCAAAUAAUUUUUUUUGAUGUUCUGUGGAUUUGUUGAGUUCUUCUAGCAGAAAGGAAAGGAUACUGCCAAUGGUGCUUAAAAACAGUAUUGGUCUGCAAUGUUUCUUGUCCGUUCCUGAUCUGACACGUCUUCUGUAUUUGCAGCUGGAAAGAUUUGGUGCAUGAAGCCCUUCAGCUUCCUAUAUCUGAACUGUUCUUGUGUGCACAGUGCCCAGAUCACUGGCACCAUUACCAACACAGAGUAGACAAUUGCAUUGAUGGCUUCAAGAGAAGGCAUCUAUUGACACUGGCAAUUUCAAUGAAUUAGAAACUUUUGGAUUUUACAUGUUUUCAAAGUUUUAAAGUUGAAUUAAUGACACCCCAAACUAAAAUGACUACCUCACUAACAUGGGUCUUCACUUUGGUCAUUGCAACAUUAUAAAAGAACAUUUUAUUUUAAAAUGAACAAAAAAAGAUGUGAAAUUUGUAACUGCAUAACUAUUGUCUGUAUUUCUUUGUAUCAUUUUGCUUAAAUAAAUAUUUGCAUGUUCCUA